AUGCGCGUGACCAAGCCAGCCGGGUACACUGCUCCGUGGGGCAACAGACGCGGCCCGCGCAUCUCGGUGCCCCUUUUGCGUGACGAGACAACGGGCGCGACGCAGGCCGACGCCUACGAAAUCGAGGUCUUGCUCGCCACCUUCAACGAUCCCACCCUGGAGCCUUUCAACAAGUACGUCCGGUUGCGCGCAGCCGAGCACGUACAAGAGCAGAACGAUGCCAUCUACAUGGCCUGGUUUGAACACAACCACCUAUCCGUGCUCCUACGGCGCACGUACGGAGCCAAUCCCCCACCGGCGCGCCUGAUCACCACGGCCAACUCUGCUGUGUACCAAUACUGGAUCGUGUUUGUCCGGGAGAAGGAGGAGCUCGUGGCCUAUGUCCAUGGGUACAGAGGUAGGGUCGAGGACGACGUGGAGAUUGGGAUGUUGGUCGCAGCUAUCUUAGAAGAUGGCACCGCUUCGGCAGUUUUGCACGCGGCAGAAGAGUAG